AGGAAGUGCGAGUUGAGUUCCAGCCUCAGAUUAUAGUGUUGUUCGGAGCGGUGGCUGUUACAUGGGGUUUUCGACGUCAGGGUGUAAAGGUCUUAAAGAAAAUUAUCACAUGCCGUUACUGUACACUCGUCUGUAAGCAGAGCGUGCUAUUUGUGAAUGUUAGUAUGAAUGGUAAGGUUGGGAAUGGAGCAGCGGGCGGUGUGCUGGCCUGUAUUGAGGGUCUGCCGCCGCUGCCCAAGAGCCUGAGCGGACUGCUCAACUCCAGCGGCGGCUCGUGGAGAGAGAUGGAGAGGAUGUAUGUGAAGAAGACCAUGAUUCAGGACGACUUGAGCCGAGGAAGGAAUAACACGGACAAUCUGCUGGCGAAUAAACCAGCAAACCUGGAUGCCGCCCUUGCUUUGCUCAGAAAAGAGAUGGUGGGUUUGCGGCAGCAGGACAUGUCCCUGCUCUGUCAGCUCUGGUCUCUUCACGAGUCCAUCCAGGAGUACAAGGGCAGCUGCCAGGACUUCUCCGCUGUGUCCAGUGCGGAUGGACCCUACGGGAUGGAGAACGGUUAUUUCGACGAAGAUGAGGAAUAUUAUACUGAGUCCGGUAUGACACCAGCCGAAACGCCAGAUGGAAACGAUACAUCUCCUAAAAACGGGACAUCCAAAGACAGCUGGAUACAUGACUCGUUCCAUAUCACAAUCUAAAACGCUUGACUUUUAUUCUUUAAUGAAAACAAGCUGUGCCAUAAUUACGUUUGCUGGCAUUUAGUUUUACAGCAGACUCUUUCUAUAGGACAUAUAAUUAAGAAUUAUUAUUUAUUGUGUAAUAUUCUACAUAGUAUUUUUUUUUUUUCCUGAUUUAAUCAACAUUGGAAAUUUUAUAAGAUCUUUUUUAUAAAGGGAGAAGCAUAUCAUUUCGUAAUGAGGUUUACAGUAAAUCAUGUUAAACUUGCGUUGAUGAGUUUAUAGACAUUUGUUUGAUGCUUCACCCCUCUGAAUUCAGAAAAGUCUUAUUUCUUGUUGAGCAGUCGCUCGCUGGGUGCUUGCAGAAGACAGGGUUUUGUUUUUUAUUGAAAAUAUGUAUUCUGAAUAUGCUGGAAAUGCUGCCUAUUCUUUGCUGAAAUGUAAUCCAGGGUAUAACCAGCACAAAGAGCUUGUGACAGCAUCACCAAAACGAAACGCAAUGUCCCAGUAUGCUCAUUGCAUUAUGUAUUGUGUAACUCCUUAUGAACAUAUAGUAAAUCGAUAACCAGCUCCAUAACAUUUCCAUAGUAUUUACUUCUCACCUUGUGUGAACCUAUUCUAGAUCGUGUAUUGUAGAUGUUUUAUUUAUUUACUUAUAAUUGCUGCUUGGAUUCAGUCUUCCAUUGUGCUUGAACUUCCUCUCGGUGCACAUCAUGGGAGUGUCAUCGUGUCUCUUUUUGCUCAAGUGACUCGCAUAAGGUCACCUGUAUUCAUAAUGUAAGCUAAUAAACUUUGUUUAUGCCAAGUACAAUGCCCAUUAAAUACACCAAAAAGAUUCAGUGUGUGCAUAUCAUAGCUUGCCAUAAUGUAAGCAUUUUAUACAGUGUAACAUUUUCUUGAUGUGUUGGUGAAUCGAAUGCCUGGAAUUCAAAAUUUGCACCGUUAUGGAUCAUCUAAUUCUGUAAUUGAUAACUGGUAAUCAUCAGAGAGUGUUUCCUCUACAAGAGUAUUAAUAACAGCCGAGAGAGAAUGUCGUCUACCUCUAUUGUGUUUGAGCUCUGAAAUCUUUUUUUCUCACACCAGCAGACACAAACAAGAUUCAAUUUUAACACUCUUCCGAUAUUAUUACCUUCAAUUCUGAGAGAAAAAAAUCGGAAAAAAUGUUAUGCAACCAGCAAGGCUUUAGGUGCUUUGACCAAAAUCAGCACUGAACUUCACACAUCGUGCCUUGACGCACCUUGGCUUUGAAUCCAGGUGUUUUUGCCAUCAUACUAUUUCAUAUCUACAUCCAGCAUCUUCAUGCAUCCAUUUCAGUCCCUCUCAUUAACAGAAGAAAGAUCCACCCAGUAAAUGUCUCCUCACCGCCCAUCUCAUUAUCUUCUACCCUGCGGUGAUUUAUUGUUGUGAUCCUGCUCGGAAAUUCCCACUCGGUUUUCGUAAUUUGCAUAGAAAUCAGUAAAAGUGAUCUUUGGCCUGUUUGAUCUCUGUGGUUGGUUGUGAAAUGAUUUCUGCAGUUUUGCAUACAAAGAUGCAAAAGGAUCUGGUUUGAUGGCAUUUGUGUGUUUGUUUUUGGUCAGUCUGUGUUCUUGAAUGUUUUUCCAACUUUUUAAAUGUGUUUAAAUGCAAAACAUUGCAUAUGUGAGGUUUGAACCGAUCAUUGAUGCGGGAAUGAUCCUUUUGUAUAUGUUUUGUUGUGUGUGUGUUAGCGAUAUAAAAUAAAUGUAAUAUAA